AUGAAGUUGGUACGCUGUGGAAGCCUGUGGGAAACUCUCCGGUGGACGCUGCAUGCUUGGUGGCAUGGUUAUCAUGUCCCAACAGAUAGGGUUACGUGGACCUCGACGAGGGACACAACUAUACCUUAUGAAGAGGAGGUCAAGAUAACUGCUAAGCGCUGGUCACUACUGGUGCCAUUCUUUGCCUCCCGUGGCUAUCACCUCUAUGAAUCGAUCAUUGGGUCCCGGACCAUGCCACCAUCCUCAGUCAAACCACAGAGGGGCAUGGACGACUGCUAUCCCUAUGCACGACGCCGAGAGAGGCAUGAGAGAGGUCUCGAGUUCAUUGAAAUACAGAGUUGUAGGGUGUGGGCCGCGCGUGACAAUGCCGGAAGAGAGGUCGUCAUCAAGUCUCUGUCCCUGCUGGUCUCCUUGGGGGAGCAAGAGUGGGACGAGCUCAAGAUUUACAAGAGGUUGAAUACCCCUGAAGCUAGGGCAGAUCCUCGCAACCGGACCCUGCCUGUCCUCGACUACAUUAUCUACAAUGGGCUGGUAUUCGUUGUCACACCCCGCUGGGGGGAGCCAGUCGUGGGGUUGAGCUUCUCUAAGGUAGAGCAGGUCCUUGUCAUGGCUGAUCAGCUGCUGGAGGUAUCACCCACCGCACUACUACUUCGUAAUCUGGCUAAUUUACCGAUGAUCAAGGGCAUGGCAUUUCUGCACCACCAACGAAUAGCCCACCGCGACGUUGACACGCGGAACGUGGUCAUGAACGCGCUAUACGAGAUUGCCGAGGGACACGACUGCGACGAAAUUCGUGACUCUUCCGUUGUGCGUUACGCUUACAUUGACUUUGAAGCUUCGGUAAUUCUGCCUCCGGAUACGGACAUCGGGAAAGUUGUUAUGAAGCGGGAGGAGAGGCUCACAACCAUACGCGCUGGUCUGGAAAGUGGAGAAUCGAAUCCCUUUGCAGACGACAUCUACGUUUUGAUUGUUGUCUUGCAACGUUGGGUUCGGGUUGUCGAGAAUACCGUUCCAGCAAUCGGGAAGUUCUUCGACGAGAUAAUAUCAAAUUAUUCCAGCGAUCUCUCAUCCAUAGAGAUUCUGAGCAAAUUUCGCCGCAUCCGGGCUGGACUCACACCAGAACAGUUGAAGAGUCCCACCCCUGGCAGGUUUUGGCAUAAAGGAAAGGUGCAAAGACAUCUCAGCGACUGGGGUUUUGCGGGGAGUGCACCCGCAAGUACUUAA